AUGACCUACCUACACGCUCAUUCGCGCGAGUGUUCGAAAUCGAAGCUCGACUUGUUCACUUUACCGCUUACGCAAACGACGAUAGAGGGUGGGCAGUGGGCUCAUUACAAGCCAGUGUCGUCUCUUACCGACGACUCACCGAUCAAAUCCAUGAUUCCGGGGCUGAGCGACGAGUACCCCGACCUGUCGCACACGAUGCUCAGUCUGCGAGUCAGUAUAUUUUCUCUGGAUAGGGUGGAGCUGGUGAGUUCGGUCGGUCAAACCCCGCCAGGGGCAGUGAUCACAGUUCUUAUGAACAACCUUUCGCACUCGUUGUUUAGUCAAGUAGACGUUCCCUUUGAUCAAAAACCCGUCUUUCCGGCCGACAACGCGUAUGCGUACAAAGCAUACAUAAAGACUCUGGUCGAUUACAACAAUACGGCGAAAAAUUCGCAUCUCACGAUCACGUUGUGGUACGGUGAUACCGCCGGCAGAAUGGACGAACUUGGUGCUGGUUAUAAGGGUUCCGCAAAGCGCGAACGAUUCUUCACAAACGGCUCCAGCGGUGAUUCAUUGGGACACCUUUGUUGCGACGUGUUCAAGCAGGAGAAAUUCUUUCUCAACGGCGUGGAGUUGCGAUCGCGUCUGGUGAGAUCGCGGGAUUCCUUUUGCAUCAUGGAAAACCACCAACGCUCAAACGAUGAACAUUCUAGAGGAUACUCUGCUCGUUUGACGAGUCACGAUGGACCCCGGCGUGUCGUUGGCACACGCUAG